CCAGCCAAACAGUCUCUCUCUCUCCUCCUCAGCUCUCUCUCUCUCUCUAGCGAUCACACUCCUAAAAAAUCUCGCGGAUCGGAUCUUUCUUCCAUGGAAGCAGCUCUGUAGUCUUACAAUUUUGACUGAUUUUGAAACGAUUAGGGUUUAUUCCCUCGGACUUGGCAAGUGUGAUGGUGUUUUGUUCUGAAAUCGUUUGUUUUAGUGCCGCCGGUGGGUGAGGAUUCUGUUAGUUUAUCCCGGCGGAGUUAGUUUCUCUCUCUCUCUGCGGCGGUGGUAGAUAUGGCUGCUUCACCUGCGAAGUUCUUCUUCGGGUUUCUGAUUGUUUCCAUCGUUCUGUGGAUGAUCUUCAUACUUUGUUCCAGGUUGUUUGCCUGGAUGCUUAGUAGAGUGCUGGGAGCAUCUGUUGUGUUUCGUAUUGGUGGUUGGAAAUGCCUUAAGGACGUUGUGGUGAAGUUUAAGAAGGGUGCCAUUGAGUCGGUGUCUGCCAGUGAAAUUAAACUAAGCUUACGCCAGUCCUUGGUCAAACUUGGCGUUGGUUUUCUUUCUAGAGAUCCAAAAGUGCAAGUGUUGAUAUCUGAUCUUGAAGUUGUGAUGAGGUCCUCAAGUUCAACAACAAAUUUACAGAAAGCUAAAAGUCGGAAAUCUCGAACUUCAGGCAGGGGAAAGUGGAUGGUGGUGGCUAAUGUUGCAAGGUUUCUUUCAGUUUCUGUUGCAGAUAUGGUUGUGAAGACUCCAAAGGUGAUUGUGGAAGUCAAGGAGCUGAAGUUGGAUAUAAAUAAGGAUGGUGGGACAAAACCAAACCUAUAUGUUAAGCUAAAUGUUCUACCAAUUCUGGUUCAUUUAUGUGAAUCACGCAUAAUUUCUGAUCAGUCAUCUAAUGUAAGCUUUGAAAGUUGUCCUGCCUCCCAAGUCUCAGCCUCUCUUGACAGAUCCUCUGCUGCUUUAUUUUGUGAUGAGCUCUCUCUUUCUUCCGAGUUUGGACAUGACAGGGCAGUAGGUAUUGUUUUACGAAAUGUGGAAGUUAUAUCCGGAGAUGUAAUUCUGAAUUUUGACGAGGAUUCAUUUCCCAAGAGCAAACAAUCAUCAGCUUCAGCUCAUUCAGAUGAAGUUAGAACGUCAGUGACUGCUGCCUCAUUUGCCAAGAAACCCCAUAAAGAGCAUCAGCUGCUGGCAGCUCUAGCUAAGUAUUCUCCGUCAUUUCCUGAUAAGGUUUCCUUCAGUUUACCCAAACUGGAUGUCAGAUGUGUGAAUCGAGAACAUGAUCUUCUUGCUGAGAAUAACAUCACAGGAAUUCAUCUAAGAAGUGUUAAAUCAAAAUCUUUUGAAGACACAGGGGAGAGUACACGUCUUGAUGUUCAGAUGGAACUCAGUGAGAUUCAUGUUUUUAAGGAAGCUGAUUCAUCUAUUCUGGAGAUAAUGAAAGUUGAUGUGGUCUCUUUCAUCUACAUCCCUAUUCAGCCAGUUCUGCCUAUUAGAGCUGAAGUUGAUAUAAAGCUAGGAGGUACCCGAUCCAAUCUAUUCAUUUCUAGGCUACAGCCAUGGCUGCGCCUUCAUUUCUUAAGAAAGAAAAAACUGGUGCUGCAAGAAAAAUCUCACACUCUUGAGAAAACAAAAGCUGCUGAUAUGAAGGCCGUCAUGUGGACAGGCACAGUUUCAGCCCCGGAGAUGACGGUUAUGCUAUAUGGUAUUGAUGAUUUGCCUCUGUAUCAUUUUUGUUCGCAGUCAUCACAUGUGUUUGCAAAUAACAUUUCGAGUCUGGGCACAGCAGUUCAUGUUGAACUUGGUGAAUUGAAUCUGCAUUUGGCAGAUGAGUACCAAGAAUGCUUUAAAGAACACAUUUUCGGAAUAGAGCCAAACUCUGGUUCGUUGAUGCAUAUAGCGAAGGUUAGCUUGGAUUGGGGAAGAAGAGAUAGGACAUCAUCUGACGAGGUUGGUUUCAGAAGUAAAUUGGUACUCUCAGUAGAUGUGACUGGAAUGGGUAUCUACUUUUCUUUCAAGCGUGUUGAAUCUCUCAUAACAAAUGCUAUGUCCUUCAAAGCUCUAUUUAAGACAUUAUCUGUUGCUGGCAAAAAAGCUAAUAAGACUGGCGGAGUGCAACCAUCCAAAACAUCUGGGAAAGGAACUAGGCUUGUGAACCUCAAUCUUGAACGUUGCUGUGUAAAUUUCUGUGAUGAUACAGGAUUGGAUAAUACAAUUAUUGACGAUCCUAAAUCUGUCAAUUAUGGAUCACAAGGUGGUCGGGUUUCAUUUAGUUCACUGGCUGACGGCACACCCCGCACUGCAAGCAUUCUCUCUUCUGCUCCUGAAGCGUGUAAAAGACUAAAGUACUCGGUCUCUCUUGAAAUAUCACAGUUUAGUUUUUGUCUCAACAAGGAUAAACACUCAACCCAAAUGGAACUUGAAAGAGCAAAAUCCAUCUAUCAAGAGUAUCUGGAAGAGCAUAAGCCUUGUUCGAAUGUCACAUUGUUUGAUAUGCACAAAGCCAAGCUUGUACGUCGAUCCGGUGGUCUUAACGAUAUUGAUGUCUGUUCUCUCUUCAGUGCUACUCAUAUUUCACUGGGUUGGGAACCUGACGUCCAUCUAUCUUUUUAUGAACUGUUUUUGCGGUUGAAAUCCCUGGUGUAUGGACAGAGGCAUAAUGAACCUGAAAGCGGGUGCAAUAAAGGCAUCUCUAGUGUGAAAGAUGGUGGUCAGUCCAAUUCUGUUGACAAGCAGAAGAAAAAGGAAUCUGUGUUUGCUAUUGAUGUGGAAACGUUAACUAUAUCAGCUGAGGUAGGAGAUGGGGUGGAGGUUACGUUGGAGGCACAAUCAAUUUUUUCUGAGAAUGCCUGUAUAGGAGUGCUUCUUGAGGGCCUUAUGCUUGCUUUUAAUGGAUCUCGAGUAUUUAAAACUACGAGAAUGCAAAUAUCAAGAAUCCCUACUGCUUCUUUGAAUCUGUCUGAUGCAGUUCCUGUAAUGACAGGUGGUCCUUGGGACUGGGUUGUACAAGGGCUUGACAUGCAUAUUUGUAUGCCAUACAAACUUCAGUUGCGUGCCAUAGAUGAUUCAAUUGAAGAGAUGUUGCGAGGCUUAAAACUUAUAUCUGUAGCAAAGGGAAAAAAUAUUUUAUCAAGAAAGAGAGAAAGCUCAAAGCCUAAGAAAUCUAGUCCAAAAUUUGGCCGCAUAAGAUUUUGCAUACGUAGACUAACUGCAGAUAUUGAAGAAGAACCAAUUCAGGGUUGGCUUGAUGAACACUAUCAGUUGGUAAAGAAAGAAGCCUGCGAGUUGGCUGUCCGAUUGAAAUUCCUUGAAGAUUUUAUUCACAAAGCUUGUCAGGCUCCUAAAGGUGCAGAAACAACUGAUGCUUCCGAUGAAAGAAUGAUGUGUUUUGAUGGGGUUGAAAUUGAUGUCGAGGAUCCUUUAGCUAUUAACAAAGUGAAAGAGGAGAUUCAUAAACGGUCGUUUCAAUCGUAUUAUCAGGCAUGCCAGGGUUUAGCUCCCUCAGAGGGUUCAGGUGCCUAUAGGGAAGGAUUCCAGGCAGGUUUUAAGCCAAGUGCUGCUAGAACCUCUCUUCUUUCUGUUUGUGCUACAGAUUUUGAUUUAAGCUUGACGGCAGUUCCUGGUGGUGAUGCUGGUUUGUUAGAAGUUUUGAAGACGCUUGAUCCUAUUUGUCAAGAAAAUGACAUACCCUUUUCUCGGUUAUAUGGAAGCAAUGUCUACUUGAAUACUGGAAGGUUGGUUGUUCAGUUAAGAAAUUACACACUCCCUCUCCUCUCUGGCACUUCUGGCAAAUGUGAAGGUCGUAUUGUGCUGGCACAGCAGGCAACGUGUUUUCAGCCACAAAUUUCCCAAGAUGUCUUUGUAGGAAGAUGGAGAAAAGUGCGAAUGUUCCGGUCAGCCAGUGGCACAACUCCGCCAUUGAAGACCUACUCAGAUCUGCGUAUACAUUUUGAACAAGGAGAAGUUUCCUUUGGGGUUGGAUAUGAACCAGCGUUUGCAGACAUUAGCUAUGCCUUCACAGUGGCUCUUCGUAGAGCUAAUCUGAGUCUUAGGAAUCCAGGUAUGGCACAGGUUGUUAAAAAAGAACGAAGCUUACCCUGGUGGGAUGACAUGAGAAACUACGUCCAUGGCAAUAUCACUUUAUCUUUUUCUGAAUCAAAGUGGUCUGUUCUUGCUACAACGGAUCCAUAUGAGAGUCUAGACAAACUUCAAAUAGUGACUGGUCCUAUUGAACUCCAGCAGUCAGAUGGUCGUGUGUUUGUCAAUGCUAAAGAUUUUAAGAUAAAAUUGAGCAGUCUGGAGAGUUUGAUUAGUCGACAUUCCUUAAAAGUACCCGUCGACGCCUCUGGGGCUGCAUUUAUUGAAGCCCCAGAUUUUAACCUCGAAGUUACAAUGGACUGGGAUUGUGAGUCUGGGAAUUCUUUGAAUCAUUAUCUAUAUGCAUUUCCAGCUGAAGGAAAGCCUCGUGAGAAGGUCUUUGAUCCGUUUAGAUCAACAUCACUCUCACUUCGGUGGAAUUUCUCACUUAGACCCGAAAAAAUCCAUCAGUCUUCCUUAGGUAAUGAGAACCCAACAGACGUUGGAACUGUCUACACUUCACAAGACAAGCCUGACAGCAUACCUCUUGCAUCACCAACUAUGAAUCUUGGAGCUCAUGAUUUGGCAUGGAUACUUAAGUUUUGGGGUAUGAAUUACUAUCCUCCGCACAAGUUACGUUCUUUCUCCAGAUGGCCUAGGUUUGGAGUCGCAAGAGCUGCAAGAUCAGGAAAUUUAUCUAUGGAUAAGGUAAUGACGGAAUUUAUGCUCCGUGUAGAUGCCACUCCUUCCGUGAUAAAGUACAUGCCUUGGGACUCUGAUGACCCUGCCAAAGGAUUGACCUUUAACAUGGCAAAGCUAAAAUAUGAAUUAUGCUAUAGUCGCGGGAAGCAAAAGUAUACAUUUGAAUGCAAGCGGGAUGCACUUGACCUUGUAUAUCAGGGUCUGGACCUUCAUGUGCCUAAGGCUUUUAUUAACAAAGAUCAGCAUCCUUGCAUUCCAGGAAGUGUUCAGAAUUUGAGAAAAAACAAUGCUUUGAUAGACAGAGUAUCUUCUGGAAAGGACCAUAAGAGGGAUGAGAAGCAUCGGGAUGAAGGGUUUUUAUUGUCUUCUGAUUAUUUUACAAUUAGAAGGCAGGCCCCAAAAGCAGAUCCUGAAAGACUAUUAGCAUGGCAAGAGGCUGGACGAAGAAAUCUUGAGAUGACGUAUGUGCGGUCUGAGUUUGAGAAUGGAAGUGAGAGUGAUGAACACAUACGAUCAGAUCCUAGUGAUGAUGACGGAUACAAUGUUGUCAUUGCUGACAAUUGUCAGCGGGUCUUUGUUUAUGGCCUCAAACUCUUGUGGACGAUAGAGAACAGGGAUGCUGUUUGGUCAUUUGUUGGUGGAAUUUCAAAAGCAUUUGAACCUCCUAAACCUUCUCCUUCUCGUCAAUAUACACAGAGGAAGCUUCAUGAAGAAAACCAAAAGGAAUCCUGUCCCGAAACACAUCAAGGGGAAAUGUUGAGAUCUUCGGCAAGCCCUGGAAGAAAUCUAACUUCUCAGCCUAUGGAGAUGGCUAGACCUCCUUCAUCACCGUCACACUCAUUGAAAAUUGAGAAAUCAGAUGACGAAGUUGGUAUAGUUGAGACCAAUGAAUCUGAGGAAGAAGGGACUCGUCACUUCAUGGUGAAUGUCAUUGAGCCACAGUUUAAUCUUCACUCAGAAGAAGCUAAUGGUCGCUUUCUGCUAGCUGCUGUUAGUGGUCGUGUUCUAGCACGAUCAUUUAAUUCCAUUAUGCGUGUUGGUGUGGAAGUGAUUGAGCAGGCUCUUGGCACUGGAAGUGUCCAAAUUCCAGAAUGUAGUCCUGAAAUGACAUGGACACGGAUGGAAGUUUCUGUAAUGUUAGAGCAUGUACAAGCCCAUGUAGCUCCCACUGAUGUUGACCCAGGUGCUGGAUUGCAGUGGCUCCCAAAAAUUCGCAGAAACUCCCCAAAAGUGAAGCGUACUGGGGCUCUACUUGAAAGAGUUUUCAUGCCUUGUGACAUGUAUUUUCGGUAUACUAGACACAAAGGUGGAACCCCUGAUCUAAAGGUGAAACCACUAAAAGAGCUCACUUUCAAUUCACACAAUAUAAUAGCUACAAUGACAUCUCGGCAAUUCCAAGUUAUGCUGGAUGUGUUGACAAACCUUCUCUUUGCAAGGCUUCCAAAGCCAAGGAAAAGUAGUCUCCAAUGUCCCACUGAAGAUGAAGAUGUUGAAGAGGAGGCUGAUGAGGUAGUUCCAUACGGAGUUGAAGAAGUAGAACUUGCAAAAAUCAACCUUGAAGAGAAAGAGCGAGAACGGAAAUUGCUUCUUGAUGAUAUUAGAAAAUUGUCUCAUUGUUCUGACAAUGUGGAUGACACACAUAUGGAAAGGGAAGGUGACUUGUGGAUGAUUAGUACCAGAAGAUCCAUACUGGUGCAAGGAUUAAAAAAAGAGCUCACAUAUGCACAAAAGUCUAGAAAGGCGGCUUCUGCAUCUUUAAGAAUGGCAUUGCAGAAGGCUGCACAGCUGCGAAUAAUGGAGAAGGAAAAGAAUAAAAGCCCCUCGUAUGCUAUGUGUAUUUCCUUACAAAUUAAUAAGGUUGUUUGGAGCAUGCUUGUAGAUGGUAAAUCCUUUGCUGAGGCAGAGAUAAAUGACAUGAUAUAUGACUUUGAUCGGGACUACAAAGACAUUGGUGUUGCUCGCUUCACCACCAAGUACUUUGUUGUUAGGAACUGUCUACCCAAUGCAAAGUCAGAUAUGCUUUUAUCAGCAUGGAAUCCUCCACCUGAAUGGGGAAAGAAAGUUAUGCUACGUGUGGAUGCAAAGCAGGGAGCGCCAAAAGAUGGGCAUUAUCCACUUGAGCUUUUCCAUGUGGAGAUUUAUCCGCUGAGAAUCCAUUUGACUGAGACAAUGUACAGAAUGAUGUGGGAGUAUUUCUUCCCAGAGGAAGAGCAGGAUUCACAAAGGAGACAGGAAGUGUGGAAAAUUUCGACAACAGCUGGUUCAAAGCGUGUAAAGAAAGGGUUGGCAGGUCAUGAAUCUUCUGGAACAACUAGCCACGCCAUUAGGGAUGUUGAAGCAUCUCGAGUUAGUUCUGCAGCUCUCUCUGCUUCUGCUACAGUACAGUCACAAAGCAAUACAGACUCUGUUCAAAAAUCAAAUAUUCUAAGCCUCAGGUCUAGCACUGGUGGUUCAGCUCAGGAGUUGAGAAGAACAUCUUCUUUUGAUAGGAGCUGGGAAGAAAAUGUGGCAGAAUCCGUAGCUAAUGAACUCGUUCUACAGGCUGACUCUUGCACUGUGUCAUCUUCCAUGGAACAACAGGAAGAUUCCUCUAAACUGAAGGUCAAAGAGAUGAAACCUGUCAAGUCUGGCCGCUCUUCUCAUGAAGAAAAGAAGGCUGGUAAAUCACAUGAGGAGAAGAAAUCUAGGCCUAGAAGGAUGAUGGAGUUUCACAACAUUAAAAUUAGUCAGGUGGAGCUUCUAGUUACAUAUGAGGGCUCAAGAUUUGUUGUUAACGACCUCAAAUUGUUGAUGGAUACAUUUCAUCGUGCUGAGUUUACCGGGACUUGGAGGAGGCUUUUUUCCCGUGUUAAGAAGCACAUAAUCUGGGGAGUAUUGAAGUCGGUUACUGGAAUGCAGGGAAAGAAGUUCAAAGACAAGUCACAUAACAAUCGCGAGUCUACUGACAAUGACCUGAAUCUAAGUGACAAUGAUCAAACUGGGAAACCUGAUCAACAACAAGUCACAUGGUUUAAGCGACAAAGUGAUGGAGCAGGCGAUGGUUUCGUUACUUCUAUUCGAGGACUCUUCAAUACGCAAAGGCGCAAGGCCAAAGCUUUCGUCUUGAGAACUAUGAGAGGUGAAGCAGAGAAUGACUUCCAUGGCGAUUGGAGUGACAGUGACGUAGAAUUCUCUCCUUUUGCUCGGCAAUUAACUAUAACAAAAGCCAAAAGACUCAUCAGGCGGCACACUAAGAAAUUCCGUCCAAGGAUCCAAAGAGGUUCAACAUCUCAGCAAAGAGAAUCACUUCCAUCAUCUCCAAGAGAAGCCACUGCAUUUGAAAGUGGUUAUUCAAGCGGAUCUUCCCCAUACGAAGAUUUCCACGAGUAAAAUACACAUUCUGACCAAAUUUUGUUAUCCCUGGUAAAAUAGAAGAAAGUAAAUUAAGAGAGAAAGAGAGAUAUCAACAAUAUUGUACAGACGUUGGUAUAUUGGAAUAUAAAUUAAAAAAAACCACAGGUCACUUUGUUCAA